GGCAUAUUCAUCUUCUCUACCAGGCUAUGACUGGAAAACCUUCUCCUGGGCAAAAUACCUUGAGGAGAAGGGAGCCAGAACAGCGCCAGCACAGCUCUUCAACACGGACGGCUCAGGUCACGGCUUCACUCAGAAAAUGAAGUUGGAAGCUGUAGACCUGAUGGAGCCGUGGCUGGUGUGUGUGGCCACCGUGAGGCGCUGUGUGGGCCGGCUGCUGCUGCUGCACUUUGAUGGCUGGGAGACAGACUUUGACCAGUGGGUGGACGUUCAGUCACCAGAUAUCUACCCUGUGGGCUGGUGCGAGGUUACAGGAUACCAGCUUCAGCCACCCAUUGGACCAGAUCCUGUUGCAAGUCGCAAGAAACACAAGCCUAUGGGGAAAAAGAAGAAAAGGAUGGUGAAGAAGAAACUGGCGAACCUCAUCUCCAAGAACCGCCCCCCAAGACGUCCGAGCCAACAGUCUGAACCUGAGGCCGGAACCCCAGAACACUCAUCCCUCACACAGCAGAUUAAGGCUGAACCUGAGGAGCAGGAGAUCAUAGCAGUGAAGGUGGAGGAGGUGGAGACCCCCAUCGCACCGACCCUGCCAGAGGCCCAGGUCCCUCCACCCUCCCUGGGGGUGGUCAAGCAGGAGCCACAGGGAGAGGACCAGCAGAAAGCAACAGACAGAGGUGGAACCGAUGGAACGCUGAGACUCAUUGAAAUUGAUAUACCCUAAAUACAACUAUCCAAACUGACCGUAGAUGAAUGUCUGUGGUCAACUACAUUCUACACCAUCACAGCCUUAGAUCACUACACUACUGAUGCUGUGGAUCACCUGAACAUCAGAUGAGUCUGAGCUGAGCUGGUCCCACUUCUGAACAUUCUCAGCUCUGGAGCUGAAUAAAACUGUUCCAGUUUAACAGAAAGGCCAGUACUGUGACACCCGUUAAGGACAUUCUUUCAUACAUUGAAUAACAAACACCCAGUCGAUGUUGUUGUAUAAUGUUUAUUUGUUUUAUAUCCAGAUUCCUUUUCGUUGUUGUAUAUACAAUCAUGGAUUAAAGUACUUCAGUGAACUGGUU